UGAUGACGCACUUCCGGUCGAUACAUCGUGUUUUGUUGGUGACAGAAAUCCGUUUUCUUGUUUCAGGCGGAUAAUUUGUGGCUAGAAGCUGCGGACAUGGCGAGGAACGCCGAGAAAGCCAUGACGGCUCUGGCCCGCUUCAGACAAGCUCAGCUGGAGGAGGGAAAAGUGAAGGAGAGAAGACCUUUCCUGGCCUCAGAGUGCAGCGAGCUUCCUAAAGCUGAAAAAUGGAGACGACAGAUCAUCAGUGAGAUCUCAAAGAAAGUGGCUCAGAUCCAGAACGCUGGUCUCGGGGAGUUCAAGAUUCGGGAUCUGAACGAUGAGAUCAACAAGCUACUCAGAGAAAAGGGUCACUGGGAGGUCCGGAUCAAGGAGCUGAGGGGACCAGAUUACAGGCGGAUCGGUCCGAGGAUGUUGGACCACGAGGGGAAAGAAGUCCCGGGGAACCGGGGCUACAAGUACUUCGGAGCGGCCCGAGACCUGCCCGGGGUCCGGGAGCUGUUCGAGAAGGAACCUACUCCGGCUCAGAGGAGGACGAGGGCGGAGCUGAUGAAGGACGUGGACGCAGAGUACUACGGCUACAGAGACGAAGACGACGGCGUGCUGCUCCCUCUGGAGGCGCUGCACGAGAAACAAGCCAUACAGGAAGCGGUGCAGAAGUGGAAAACUGAAAAGGAGUCUCGUCUGUCUGGAGAGAAGCAGCAGGAGGAGGAAGAGGAGAGCAUCUACUCCGUCCACAACGAGGAGUCGCAUGUUUGCUUUGUGUGUCUGUGCAGCCUGAUGAGGAGAACCAUGAGGAGCAGGAGGCAGAGGAGGGCGGAGUCACCUUCAUCGCACAUGUUCCUGUUCCGUCUCAGAAAGAGGUGGAGGAAGCUCUGGUCCGGAGGAAGAAGAUGGAGCUGCUGCAGCGUUACGCCAGUGAGACACUUCAAGCUCAGAGUCAAGAAGCCAGAACUCUGCUGGGACUCUGACCCGUUCUGCCUCUGACCCGUUCUGCCUCUGACCCGUUCUGUCUCUGACCCGUUCUGUCUCUGACCCGUUCUG